AUGCCUGUCAAGACCAGUAUGUUUCAAAGUCCGAAAGAUAAUCGUUAUCGUAGGAGAAACGCCUCUAUUGAUAACUUCAUUUCAGUACCUAAGCAGUCGCUCAUAGAAGACAAUAGUGUUCUUUCUAGCAAAACAAGCACUGAUCAAUCAACCACUAUGCCGCCCAGACCAGAAGGAAUUGCCACCGUAUUCAUCAAAAUAUUUAAGCUGAUCCUGAACCUGAUCAUUCUGAUUCUGUACCGCGUGGGCGACAAGGGCCGCUUCCUGGGCGUGGGCGGCACGUGGAACCUCAACGAGGAGAAGAACCCCGACGCGGAGAUCGUGGCGUCGGGGGUGCUCGUGGGCUUCCUCAUCUACACGAUCGUCGUCAUGCUCUCCUACUGCUUCGGCGGCGGCACCAAGCACAAGGGCUCCAUCGUGGACAUCAUGAUGAACUUCGUGGGCACGUUCAUGUUCAUCGCAGUGGGCGGCACCGCGCUGCACUACUGGCACGGCUACCAGUCCGAAUACGACUACGUGCACGUGUCGUCAGAGCGGCAGAUAGGGCUGGCGGUGGGGUCGCUGUCCAUCAUCGCCGGCGCCACCUACCUCAUCGACACCAUCCUCGCCUUCCUCAUAUUCGCACAGAGCGAGGAGUAGCCCGCCACACGUCGCAAACUGCUUGGGGGAAGUGUAGCUGCUGCAGCCAGUCGCUUUUUCGACGCACGUGUCACGAAGACGAAAUCGCAACAGACAGAAGAAUUUGUCUUCGUUCUUUGUCUUUCGUCACUUGUUUUGUACAUCUUUCAUUCUUCGACUCAUCAUACAAGUCCAUCAAAAAUGUAAAACUACAAAGUCUGUCUUCACACUAACAGAAAUAGACGCAAUUUUAUUCAUGAAUUACGGAGCAAUUCAUGAUUUUGGAAUGUGUGUCCGCUCAAUUGUUUUUUUGUUUCUUUUCUUGUUUAAUGUGAUUGGAUUUUAAAAAAUAUUUCACGCACACUGUAAGCUUCAAACAUUUUAAACAAAUUGUUUAAAUAAAUGCAUUGGUAUAAUUGUAUGUACUAUAUUUAAAUAAUGCAAAUUAUGGGGUUGUCGACGUCAUAACAUUGUUUCAUCCGUUUCAAUGAACAAAAAUAUCUCGUAAUUCGACCUUUUAUGUUAAAUGUUGGUAAAUGGAAUUAAAUAUACAAAAUCAACACAAAUAUUUUAAAUACAAAUCUAUUUAAAAGAUAACAUACUGCGUAAUACGAAAUAAAAGAACAUAACACAUACACAAUUAAAACAUUUUCAUUAUCGAAUGAACUGAAAGAAAGCUCAUUUUUUUCAUGAGAUGUAGUUUAAUAUUUAACAUUUGUUUUAACGUAUGUAUAAUGUAAUGUAAUAAUGUAUCAUCAUUUCUAUCGUACUACAACUUUACAACUGCCUGCACGGAAAUGUUAGGCAAACUUUUUAAUUAACUUUCCUGUGAGGCAGAGUAAUUCCACAUUAUUGAGAAUAGUGUUUUGUUAAUAAAGUGC